AUGGCCGACAAAGCCCAGCCUUCGGCUCCUACUGAUACACCCACGAAACCUCUUCAUCCCAUUUACACCAUUAGCAAUAUCCAACACAAGGUCCGUGUUCUAGAUGGUACCAAAGUCUCGAACGCUAAUUGGGUCAAAUUCUUUACGCUUCAUGCGAAAGGGUAUAAUGUCCUAUCCCACAUUGACGGUUCGCUGCCACCGGACAAAGACUCUCCCGAAUUUUCGUCUUGGGAAAACAUUAAUUCCAUUGUCCUACAAUGGAUCUAUGAGAUUUUAUCGGAUGACCUUGUCGUCCACGUGAUAGCCGAUGAAUCUACCGCCUUUAAGGCUUGGCAACGGGUUAAGCGGCUCUUUGUGAACAACAAAGGUCCCCGUUCUCAAGCCCUCCAACAUGAGUUAGCAAACCUUACCCUUGCUUCUAUGCCCAGUGUUGAAGCUUAUUGCCAGAAAGUCCGAGAGUUGAUGGAUCAACUUCAUGCCUUAGACUUCACCAUGAAAGACCAGCAACGUGUCCUUCACCUUGUCAAAGGUCUCCCUCGAGAGUACGACACUAUCGCCUCGAUCCUAAACAACUCUCUACCCCCAUGGGAGGAUGCCAUAGAGCAACUUCUUUCCGAAGCCGGACGUCUAAAAAUCCAGGAUGCAGUCACCAAUAACUGUAACGCCCCAAAAAUGAAAACUCAAUAA